UUACAUUUUAGUUUUCACUUUGUACUAUUUGAUAUGCUUAUCUUAUGGUAUGUCCAUACAACUUGAAGAAGAAUUGCUUAAAAAUUUACCUUCCCUUGAAGGAAUUAUGACAGAUGAAAUCAGGGAACGCGGAGCUUCUUAGAGUCUGUAUAUGGAUAUUAGGUCAGGUGAUAUUCAUAAUACGAGCAGAGUAAUCGAAGGCAAGAUUCUUGAUUUGUUGGUAGAAGUAACAAGUACACAGAACAAGAAACAAUGGGCAAUUGGACCGCUUCUGCCUGCUAAACUUGAUCAUAUAUCGAAUACGAACAAUAUAUGUUUGGAGUGGCUUAACAAGCAGCCUCCAAGAUCAGUUCUUUAUAUAUCAUUUGGAACAACAACUUCAUUUUCUGAUAGGGAAAUCAAUGAGCUCGCAAAGGGAUUAGAGCAGAGCAAACACAGGUUUAUAUGGGUGUUGAGAGAUGCCGAUAGAGGAGAUAUCUUUACUGGGGAGGUUAGAAAAGUUGAGUUGCCACAAGGGUUUGAGGAAAGGGUAAAAGAAGUAGGAUUAGUGGUGAGAGAAUGGGCACCAUAACCAGAAAUCUUGGCUCAU